AUGGAAGACGUCAGUCUGGGUAUCGAGGAUCUGCCCUACGAUCUUGCUGGUGAAAUUUUCCGCCAUCUUCCAUCUUCAGCCGACCUUCUCCACAUUGCUCAAGCAUCCAAGUCGCUUUACUAUGUGGCAAUCAGGAUACUAUACAGAGAUAUUCACUACGAGACCCUUUCAGACUUCUAUCAUAAUCUGCCAUUCUGGACACACAAUGUGCCCCAAAACAUAGCUCAAGUCCCCCGGUCAGUUCUUAUCGGACGAGAAUUGGGUCAAUCUUUUUGUCAGAACCCGCAUGGCCUUGCUUUGCCUAGGUCACCGCGAGCGAUACUUGCACUAUCUGGAGUCGAUGGAUCGAAAUCCGAAGAGAGUUUCCCUCCAGCAUUCUUGCCAUUACGAGAACUUUUGCUGUCCUUCCCCAAGCUACAGAGGCUCACAUUCCGGCAAGCUCGACUCACACAUGAAAUACACAGUUUCCUUGGCGAACUACCCGCAACUAUCCGCUCACUUGCUUUCGAGCAAUGUUCAUUCAUCUCCAAACCGAUAUUGUCAUCUAGGAGCGCCCCUACCACUUUCACCCAGCUCCCAGUCAAAGAACUUUGUAUUACAGGUACCCACACAGGCCGGUACCAACCACUUGGCAAUGUCCUGCAUAACUUACCAGUCAAUCUGCUAAUACCGCCGGUCGCCGGCUCGACUAAUGCGCUCAACGAAAGGCUAGUUCAGCUCGACAUGUACCAUAUUCUUACUCGUUCACCCAAAAUUCAAGCUUUGUGCUUGGACUGGAAUAUUACGUGCGCUGGGCGGUUUUCCAGGCACCCCGGUCUUCCUCCUCCCGCAUUCUCCUGCCUGGACCAUCUUGAGGUCAGACAUGGGAUGCGAAGUCACGCAGUUUGGAACGGAGAGGCAAACUCUACAGAAAACAAAUUAUUACUGAUGUCGGCUUUUGCCAAACUACUCGCUCCAUGCAACAGUUUGACAGAGUUGGUCCUUUUUGGUUACAUCCCCGGUCUUGGUGAUAAUGGGACCGCAAAACCAAUACUCCCUGCUCUAAUGAGCUAUACCGGCCCCACCGACUUCCUAAAAUCUUCUUUGCGCCAUUGUGAAAUGCUUCAAAAGCUCAUUUUCCCCGACGCAAUCAAGGACAUCGACACUGUUAUGUUGGAGGCACUGCCGUAUAACGCUAGAGAAUCUGUACGGUUUCUGGACAUCACGGUUGGCCAUUGGGAUAUCGAGGUGUUGUACGCCAUUAGCAUGGAACUACCCAGAUUGGAAGUGUUAAAAAUAAAGUACGAGGUUGGGUACCCUGACCAGGACAUGCUUAUCAGUUUUGGUCCAGAAUUCUUUUCACGGAUCCCCCAUCUCACCAUCUUUCACUUGUAUCGCCCUGAGAUAGAAUACGAUGAACUUCGAUGCCUCGGAGUUCACUCUCAUUUGUCAAAGUUCGUUGUCCCCUCUUCUCAGGCGCGCAAAAGCGUGAAGCCGAAGCUGAAGCUUCCCUCAAAGUCUCGUGCGCCUAGUCCUCGUGGGUCGGGUCCCGCAGUGGCAGAUCAUCCCAAUACGGACACUGAUUCAGACUCGGAUUUCACUGUCGGAUCUACAACUAGUGCUAGCAAUAGCAUGGUCAGUAGUACAGCCAGUAUCAGCACAAGCGCUAGUUCAAUCAACUCGAACCAGAGUAUAACUACUGGCUCAGCUAGCGCAGGUCAGAGUUCAAGCACUGGUACAGUUGGCAGUGUGCCCGACAUCAGCCAGGGCCCAAGCAUCGUUACAGCUAAUAGUGUGGCUGGUACAAGUCAGAGCUCAGGCAUCGGUACAGUCACCGGUACAGCUUACACAAGCCAAGGCCCUGUUUCCACUACAGCUAACAGUGCCGCCGGACUCCACGCCACUGUAUAUCAUACCGUACAUCCAAUCCACCAUCCUCAUCAUAUUGGGCCUCAGUAUACUACAGGACACCGUUGGAGGUGCAUAUGCCAAAACCGUCCAUUACCGAAAAUACCUGUACCUGACCUCGGACCUUGUGGUCAACCUGAUGCUCAUGAGUACAUGGCAAGUUGGGAAAAGUAUGCGCCUGGGCUACGAGAGGUCCGUUUGGUGGAUGCAUUUGUGUGGCGGAGGGCUGGUGUAGGCGAUGAGUGGUGUAGGAGGGAUUUGAAAGACCCAAUCGAUGAGGAAGAGCAAGAGUUGGGUAAUGAUGGUUACUGUCGAUGCAAUCCUGAUGUUGACGAUGAAUCGUUCGUUUGA